AUGAUUCUUCUCCUAGCUUCGCUCAACGAUAAACCACUGCCGUCGUGGUCAUUUGGAGAUAGUAGCAAUUGCGUGGUUUCGCCUGGAUCGACUACUACUAGCGGUAAGUUGAUGUGUCGGCAGGUAGGCAUCUCGGUCAAUGCUGUAGUGUCCUGGCUGGGGAUGCUGACGCGAUUGUGUUUUUUGGUGCUGCUGUCGAAUGGACUGGGGCAGAUGAAGUGGGCGUGGCUUGCGAGACCGAGAAGCGCGAGAGCGCUGCUGCAUAUUGAGACGUUUGAUGCUGCGUCAAGAGGGGUUCGUUGGGGGAGUAUGCGGCUUCUUUGGAAGAUGAAGAGUCAGGCUCCGUGA